ACGGCAGUGAAGUAACCUCUGCAGUCAGCAGCUCGCAACGCAGCAAAGAGACCGCACAUUAUUCUCAAUAGACAACCGAGAUGAAACCGUCUGUGAUCAUCGCAAUGCUUGUCCUGGUCCUAGCCCCGCAGUGCAUUGCAAAGAAAAAACAGCAACUUGUAAUACAAGUAGCUCGGGAACUUCUCGGGCAGUGGAUGACCAGAGGGAUAAACUUCAUGGGGCAUCCAUGCGAGCUUCAAGUGGUGCCUAGAUUCACCUUCUGGAUGCUGUUCUACCAGUGCUCCUUCUCCUGUGCCGAUUGGACUGACAUAAUAGGCGAAGCCGAGUCGCGAUGCAGACUAGGGUCAGCAGAGGAAGCCGUGCGGGAUUUCAUCAACAAAGCCUUCCGGUACAAUCUCAUCAGACAGAUAGACGCGACCAAGUGGUAUGAAGAACAAAAAAAUAUAACUAAAACCUUUUAG